AAAUUCCUGUUGUCCUGAUUCGAUGCAUCCAAACGGCAGGUGGCGACCACGCUCCCCCCGUCCCAUAAGAAUCUCCCGCCACACGCCCCCCAUUUCUCUACUCUCUCUCUCUCUCUCGGUCACACCUCGACCCGUCGCGGAGUCUCAACAACUUCGCUCCCCCCCAUAGUUGUAGAUGCGAAUUUGGAGGUGGGUGUUUUUGUCGUGAAAUUUCGGGCUUCAUGCUGUGUUUGCUGAGACAAAAUCGGACAAGAAAAGAAAUGGAAGUGCUAACCUUUUUCUCUUUGAUUGCUUGUUGUAUAGAGAGCCUUAAAUUAUGAACUUUCUAGGUCUGGUCGGAUAGUUUGGCCAUUUUUUUUUUUUUGAACAUUAGAGCUUCAGGAGUACCCUCCUCUCUUUUUUUGGUAAUUGACAAUUGUAUUAACCAAAACUGAAUUUACAAAAGGACUCAGUCCUUAAACAAAGAAAGAACCCACGACUCCUGAAAGGAGCAACAAAGAAACAAAGAGACACAAAACAUAUAUCCCACCAUCAGGAAAUAUCAAUCAUGAUCACUCCCCAAAACUUUAAGGGAGAAGUGGAGAACCCCCAUCUCAGGCAUAGUUCCUUGUCUGUGGCAGCUGUAGGAUAAUCCUUCCACGAACACACCCUGGCCCUAAUUCCAGCUGUGAUUGCUUCAAUCAACGUUCUUGCCGACUUACUUGUCAAAAAAAAAAAAAAAACGUUCUUGCAGACUUCACACUUCCACCAAACACUAUGGCAUUCCUUUCCAGCCAUAUGUAAUAGACUGCUGCUGAAAACACAAGUUUAAGUAUCUCAGAUUGAAAGGACUUCAGGCUGCAAAAGGAAAUAGCCCAACCAAGCUCCGAGCUCCAGUUACUAAUCCUCCUUGCUUUUCUUUUCUUUUUACGUUGCUUGUUUUAAGCACUUAAAAACUAAACGACUCCAACUAUAAUCUACGCCUGUCCUGUUUUCACUGCAACCAAAUGGGUAUAAAGUAGCCCGGUUCCUUACCCUGCUUUCUGUCCAUUAAGAUACAAACUAGACAGGGUUCAAUUUUCUCAUCUCAUAAGAUUUGUUGAUCUCACUUGUUUGCUAGCAGUUGAUUGACAAGGAUUAACUUUCAGUUUCCUUGGGUGGGUUGUUUGGCUAUUGUAGGAGAUUCCGCAUUGAAGUCUAGUAGGGUCGCAAAAAGUUGAGAUGGAUUCGGAGGUUCCUGCUGCUCCAAUUGUUGACACGGUUAGCCAGUUGGCAGAGCCAUCUGCAAAUAGGUCCAAUCCUAGCAAAAAGAAUCAAGUUCCAAAAAGAAUUCACAAGUCCGAGAGGGAAAAGUUGAAGCGUGAGCAUUUGAACGAUCUCUUCCUCGCGCUAGCUAAUUCCCUUGGACUGCCGCAGCAGAACGUUGGAAAGGCCUCUAUACUAGGAGAAACUGCUCGACUAUGUAAGGAAAUGCAUGCCCAGAUUGAGAGCCUCAGAAGAGAGAAUGCAGCUUUAUUGUCUGAAUCUCAAUAUGUUACUGUCGAGAAGAAUGAGCUGCAGGAUGAGAAUUCUGCAUUAGAAGCUCAGAUUGGGAAACUGCGAAUAGAGAUACAAGAGAUGGUGCUGCACUCUAAGCCGGACCUGAAUGUACCCCCUCCAGAAGAAGCAACAUCACGUUUUCCUGUAGACCCUGUGUUACAGCAACCACCAUACGCGAGUCCUUUCUUUGUGCUCCCUGUUUGUUCUGAUUUGCCGGCUUAUCCAGAGAACGAUGCUACCGAACUUACAUCCAGGCCUACCUCAAACGUUAGUAAACCACAUGCUAGGUACCCCACCUCGUCUGAUUCGUGGCCAUCGCAACUCCUACAAAAUCAACCAGAAACAUCGAAUCAAUGUCGACACAGUGGCAACAGUAAUGGUGAUGUAGUGGUGGAGAAUCAAGCUUAGAUAACAUCCAAGGCUAUAAAUGUUUCCAAAAUUUUUUAGUGAUCUGUAGGUUUGUUCGUCAGCUUAAAUUCUCUUGUAGGGGUGAAAUGAUCAAUUGCCUUCCAGUUGGGAGAAUUUACUUUGUACAGUGUGGAUGAAUGGCAAUUUAGAGCGUUUUCAUGAGCA